CUGUGCUGUCGGUGGGCGAGAUAACCAAUAGGAGCAAGGAGCGGGGGUCCCGGGACUAGAAAGAAACGGCGGCCGGGAGAGGGCUACUGGGACCAUGGGGCUUCUGACCAUUCUGAAGAAGAUGAAGCAGAAAGAGCGGGAGCUGCGACUACUCAUGCUUGGCCUGGACAACGCUGGCAAAACCACCAUCCUUAAGAAGUUCAAUGGAGAAGACAUCGACACUAUCUCCCCAACGCUGGGCUUCAACAUCAAGACCCUGGAGCACCGUGGAUUCAAGCUGAACAUCUGGGACGUGGGCGGCCAGAAGUCCCUGCGAUCCUACUGGCGGAACUACUUUGAGAGCACGGACGGCCUCAUCUGGGUGGUGGACAGCGCCGACCGCCAGCGCAUGCAGGACUGCCGGCGAGAACUCCAGAGCCUGCUGGUGGAAGAGCGCCUGGCCGGAGCAACCCUUCUCAUCUUUGCCAACAAGCAGGACCUGCCCGGGGCACUGUCCUCUAAUGACAUCCGCGAGGCCUUGGAGCUGGACUCCAUCCACAGCCACCACUGGUGCAUCCAGAACUGCAGUGCCGUCACCGGGGAGAACCUGCUGCCCGGCAUCGACUGGCUCCUGGAUGACAUCGCCAGCCGCAUCUUCACAGCUGACUGAGCCGCCCGAGAUGCCCACCUCCCAGCCCAGGCCCCUAGCCCCGGCCCACACCACGCGCCGUCCACGGGGGGAUGGGAGUCAGCCAGCCAGACUGACACCGCUCCCCACUCCGUAACCUGCUGCUGCUGCUACUGCUGCCCGCCGCUGCUCCAGGACCAGCCAGCUCCCGUGGCGGGAGGCCUGCCGCCCUGGCUGCUACCCCGGCUCCCGACCCCAGCCCGGCUCCGGCUGCCAUGCUGAGAAAAGGAGGCUGGGCCGGGGAGGGGCCGCCUGUGCUGCUACCAAGGCUGUGGGCCUCGUCCUUGGCUCAGCUGUGAAAAUAAACCAGUCCUUGCC